UUGGCUCUUGUGGGGCCCCGAGGCUGGGCAGGGACUUUGCCCCCUCCCGGCGAUCGUGUGCAAGGCUGGGAACCUCCCGGUUCCCGACCCCACGCUCCCGGGCGCUGCUCCCAGCCCUGGCCGGGGGGGGGCGGGGGCAGGACUCCUGGGUUCCCUGCCCAACUGUGUGGCUGGCUCGCCGAGUGACCUUAGCCCAGAGGCAGGAAGGGAACCCAGGCGUCCUGAGGCCCCCACGACGGGUCUCCCUAGAUCUGUCUGUCGUGCUACGCCCGCCCCUCCCCACGACGAUUCUAGGGGGCAGGGCGGGGCAGCGUCUCUCUAUCUGGGCCAUUGGCUGUGGGAGCCAUGAUCCUACACCAGGCUUCUGCCCAUCCCCGCCCCCCUCCCCACCCCACCCUUAUCUCCACUCGCCAGCCCCGGUGCUCUCCUGUACCAGCGCUGACUGAGCCCGGCCUCCCUGCUGUUCUAGCCCCCGGCUGCUCUGCCAUCUUCACCCCCCUCUCGGGUCGGUUUUGUCUGUAAACGCAGCAGAGAUGCCGCUGGAAGGGGAGCCCAGCAGCCUGGCUAAAGUCGCUCAGCUCUUCAUCCUGUCUCUGGCCUGGGGGAUGCAGAUAUGGGUCACCUUCAUCUCAGGGUUUGUGCUGAUCCGGAGCGUGAGCCGACACACCUUCGGCCUCGUCCAGAGCAAGCUCUUCCCCUUCUACUUCUACACCCUGGUGGCCUGCGCCUUCCUCAACCUCUCCAUCUUCGCCUGCUACCACCCCCGAGAGCUGCUGAGCAGUGGGGAGACCCUGCAGGGCUCGCUCUACUUCGUCUGCCUCCUCCUGGCCAGCGUUAAUGCCCUGGGCUUGUCCCCGGCCACCACGGCAGCCAUGUUCCAGUUGCAGGCCAUCGAGCGGGAGCACGGCCUGGGCGGGGAGGUGGGGCUGGCGGCCCGGCGCGAGACGUACCAGCAGCUGCGGGAGAGGGACCCCAAGUACCAGGCCGCGCGGCAGACGUUCUUCAAACGCCACGGGCUGUCGACCCUCUGCAACCUCGUCUGCCUCGCCUGCAACGGAGUCAACCUGCUGUGCAUGGCGCUGCACCUCAGCAGCCUGUAGGCGGGGGGCCCUGCCCGCGGGGAGGGGGCAGCGGCAUUGUCAUUGGGGGGCGGGGACCCACUCACUAGGUGGGACUUGAUUGAGUGAGGGGCUUGGAAGUCCCUGCCCCCACCGGGGUCUGAUUGGUGUCGCUUUCUAAGCCUGUAUCCCACGCCUGGCACCAGCUGGAAGUUCAUGUGUUGGGCGGGGCGGGGGACACAACCGACUUGGUGACUCAGCAGUGCUUUUCCCUGGGUUCUCUCCCCUGCUCUGGGAGGGGAGUGGCGUCUAGUGGCUAGAGCGGGUGGGGGA